AUGAUAGAUGGCUCAAUCACAAGUCGCCCAUACGCGGGCUUGCCUCAGAAUACCGAUGACGACCGCGAACGAGCGCGGGAACUCUACAGAUACUUCCGCCCCCCGGUGGCUGCGGAACCCAUAGAUACUGUCCUCACAGCACACGCGCAGCUCGCAGCAUGGAGACUAAAUGCAGAACGCGCAAUGAUCUCGUUGAUCGACGAGGAAACACAGUACUUUGUAGCUGAAAGCACCAAGACGGUCCACCUCGACGACGCCGAACAAUACGAGGACCCUGAUGACGCGAUCUGGGCUGGAUGUGUCAGAGUUCCUAAGGCCGGGAGAUUGUGUGAACACACCAUUGCGGCGCCACCGCCUCCUGAUGGCGGUCCAGCUUGUUUCGAGGUGCUUGACCUGAGUAAGGAUGAGCGCUUCAAUCAGCUCGGCUUCAUAGCAGGACCACCCUAUUUCCGGUACUACGCUGGUGUACCUUUGCGCACCGGAAGAGGCAUCAACAUUGGCUCCAUCUACAUCCUUGAUAGUAAGACAAGACCAGCACUCACACGCAAGGAGAGACACUUCCUCGGUGUCAUGGCGGACAACGUCAUCCAACAUCUCGAAAUGUCUAGAGACAAGAAAGACCGCCAACGGACCUUCCGCAUGAAUACGUGUUUGUCAGCGUAUGUGGAUCCAACCUCUGAGUAUGUGAACCGGAAGCGGCGUCCUAGCAACCACAGUCAAUCAACGGACCCCGACUCAGACGCCGACUCUAGGCGCACCGGCGAUGGCUACGAGCGGAUAGAAGUUGUAGAUCGAGCUGCGGAGCUGCUACGAGAAGCCAUGGAUCUUGAGGAAGGUGGAGGUGGAGUGCUUUACCUUGACACCUCACUGGCAGCUGUUCCGUUACAGCACCCAUCUUCCGGAGACAAUCACCCGAGCGGGAUGGCAACUAGGGGUCUGGCUAAUGAAUCACCACAACUCACUCAUCAAAAGGCCGAAUCGGGAUCUGCACUCACGAUCGAAGCUAGUUCCCGAUCUCCAAGUCCCGGCGCAAGUACGAAACGUACGCACAGCACUGAAGUCGUCGCACACACAUACAAGUCCACGGCCAUAUCUUCGGAUCAACCAGAAUUCCUACCAUUCACGCCAGGGGAGCUUCUACAGAUCGUUAAGCGGUACCCAAGAGGAAGGUUGUUUACGUACGAUCAACAAGGGCAAGAGUUGUCCGACUCUUCGGAUAAUGAUAGCGCUUACAACGGCCGACCGAGAUCGAGGCGACGGCGACAAAGAUCUGCUGCAGACUCUGCGAUUCUACACGCCCACUUUCCCAAAGCUCGACAGAUCAUGUUUGUACCAAUUUGGGAUUCCACAACGAGUCGUUCUGCUGCUUGCUUUGUCUAUAAUUGUUCGGAAUACCGCAAUUUUUCGCAUGAGCUGGAGUUCUUGACCUGCAUAACAUUCAACAACUGCGUUGAUAAAGAGCUGCUGAGACUCGCCAACCUGAAGGCAACCGAACAGAAAAACAAUUUCAUUGGCUCAAUCUCGCAUGAACUUCGCUCGCCUCUUCAUGGCAUCUUGGCUUCUUGCGAAUUCUUACAAGACACAACAUGCGAUUCGUUCCAAAAAUCGCUGAUCGGAACUGCCGAAAGCUGUGCAAGAACACUACUCGAUACGGUCAACAUGGUCCUCGACUACAGCAAAAUUAAUGCUUUUGAAAAAGACAAGUCUGGCAGCACAUUCCCAGGCCUUGCCAAUGAUAUACAGUCAAAACAUUCCGAGGUCUUCCAAACGAGCCUUAACACACAUCGCCUUAUGGACCUCUCUGUUCUGACCGAAGAGGUAGUCGAAGGCGUAGCAACCGGUCAUACCUUCAAAGGCCCUAAAAACCAGGCAUUAGAUCACGAGUCCAAGUCUAACGGAACGAUGUUGAGCGACUCGAUAGUUGUCGCUCAGCGCAGACCCAACGUGGAGCUUAUUGUUGAACUCUCAGAACAGGACUGGAUGUACUGGUGCGAACCUGGAUCACUCAGACGCAUCGUCAUGAACUUGGUGGGCAAUUCACUCAAAUACACGCAAUCUGGCUUUGUCCAUGUGAAGCUCGAUACUCAGAUCGCUGAACAGGAUGCUACCGAGUACGGAAUCUUGACAGUCACCGACUCUGGUCAGGGCAUUUCUCCAGCAUAUCUGAAAGAUAAGCUCUACACACCUUUUGCACAAGAAUCAAACCAGGCGCCAGGUAUUGGGCUUGGUCUAUCCCUGGUGAAGUCAAUAAUUGACAGCAUUGGCGGUCACAUCGACAUCGAUUCGGAGAUUGGUGCUGGCACCAAAGUGACCGUCAGAUUCCCUUUGGUUAGA